AAACAAUCUGUGCCUGAAUUUUUAUUUUACAAAGUUAUGUUAAAUAGCGAGAUAUAUCAUCGAAAUGGAAUAUAUCUCUGUCAAAAAAGAUGAUGUUACUACAUCACAAAAAUCAUCAAAGAUUGGCUUAUUUUUGAUUGCAGUCACAGGUGGAAUUGCAACGGCGAUUAGUGUUGUGUGUUUUCCAUUUAUAAGUCCUGCGUUUCGUAAGAUAUGUUUACCAUAUGUACCAGCUACGCAUCAACAAAUAAAAAAUGUUAUUCAAGCAUUGAAUGGUCGCUCUGGUUCCUUAAUUGAUCUUGGUAGUGGAGAUGGACGUAUUGUUCUUGCAGCAGCAAAGCAUGGUUUUAAGGCCCAUGGUAUUGAAUUAAAUACUUGGCUGGUAUGGUAUUCAAAAUUUAAAGCAUUGAUUAACGGUUUAUCAAAUGAUACUGCAUUUUUUAAGCAGGAUUUAUGGAAAUAUAAUUUGGGAAAAUAUGAUAAUAUUGUUAUCUUUGGUGUGGAUCAAAUGAUGGAAGAUAUUGAAAAAAAAUUUAAUAAUGAAUUGUACAAAGAUUCCCUUGUGAUUGCAUGUAGAUAUCCUCUUCCUAAUACACGUCCUAUUACAACAAUUGGACAUGGAAUUGACACUGUUUGGGUUUACAAGAUAUGUUAGAGCUGAAAGAUUGAGAGAUCAUAAAGGUAUAGGAUGCUGCGUCGGCCAAACAGCUGCAUUAUCUGCAAAGCAAACAUACUUCAUUACAAGAGAUCCAUGAGAAUUUAUAUUCUUGCGUGCGCAUCUUUACAACGACAAUUUUUACCAUAAAUAAAAUUCACGCUAUUGUACAAGAAA